CGGUUGAGGGGCCUCCGUGAUGGCUGGGCUCCCUUACGUCCUAUAUUCACAUUAGACAUGUGGUCCUAGUCCUGGAGAGAGAGAUGAGGUCUCGAAGAAAAGAUCCGCAGCCGGCUUUCUACUGGGGCCCCUCUGAUUGUAUGCCGUUAAAGAGUGGGAAAUGGGGUCGCUAGCAGACAUGCCUGGAAGGAGCCUGUGGAGGGUUAAUUAUGUUGGGAGAUGGGGCCUGAGUAGGUCUCCUCGGAGAGAAGUUGCCAUCCUCGCCUUGGCCCUUUCCCAAGCACUCCAAGAGAGGGGUCAGCCGGGGGCCCCGAUAGAGAGUUGGUUGGAUACCUGACAGUUUGCCAGCCGGGCCCAGCCUGUGGCCGUCUGUUGACCAAACAGAGAAGGUCUGGUGGUUUUCCCUACUACCCUCCCAUUUGAGAGUUCACUUCUGGUUGGGAGACAGGAUUCUUAGCACCUUUGGUGUCAAAAGACUGUCUUGGGGUUGUGCCAAUGAAUCACCAAACAUGGAGCCUGUGGGCUUUAAGUGGGAGUGUUACCCCCAGGAGCCUUAUCUCAGCCAAUUACCCUUCUCGACAAUAGGAGCAGUGUCCCUCUCAUUCUUCCUCCGCCCCCCUCCACCCCCUUUGUCCCCCCCCCCCCCCCGUUUCAUCCCACUGCUUUCCCGUUCUUUCUGGGUGGGAGAGGGGAGUGACUCCCUGCUCAAGGACACUCCCUGCCAGGCAUCGUGUAUGCCUACAACACAACCCCUGAGCCUGGAAGCACGCCCAGUGGGGAAGUGGACAGGAGCCAUUGGUCAUAACCAGACGGAAUUUGGAGUUUUCGUAAAGCUCCACGGAGAGUUUUAAAGAAAUAUAUGUAGCAUGAUUUUUUAGAAGAGGAAAACGAUUAUUUAAAUAGGAUCUGAAUCAUGCAACAACCAGAGUAUCACAACCAGGAUGACCCCCGGGCCCCAUUCCUAGGACAUGAUCAACUGGCUGUGAGGCUCAGCCCCCACCCCUUCUUCCUCCCUCCUCUGUCCUGAGUCACCUUCAGGGACUUGGGAGUUGAGCACCAUGGGGACUCCAAAUGACCAGGCAGUGUUGCAGGCCAUCUUCAACCCUGACAACCCAUUUGGAGACCUUGUUGGGUUGGACAUGGGAGAGGAAGUGGAGAAGGAAGACGUAGAUGAAGAUGGAGUUUUCCCGCGAGCACAACUGGAGCAGUCCAAGGCCCUGGAGCUGCAGGGGGUGAUGGCCGCGGAGGCUGGCGACCUCAGCACAGCCCUGGAGAGGUUUGGCCAAGCCAUCAACCUGCUGCCUGAGAGGGCCUCUGCCUACAACAACCGGGCCCAGGCCCGCCGACUCCAAGGAGAUGUGGCAGGCGCCCUGGAGGACCUGGAGCGCGCCGUGACGCUGAGCGGCGGCCGGGGCCGCGCCGCGCGCCAGGGCUUCGUGCAGCGCGGGCUCCUGGCGCGGCUGCAGGGCCGGGACGACGACGCCCGCGGGGACUUCGAGCGGGCGGCGCGGCUGGGCAGCUCGUUCGCGCGGCGCCAGCUGGUGCUGCUCAACCCCUACGCCGCGCUGUGCAACCGCAUGCUGGCCGACGUGAUGAGGCAGCUGCGCGGGCCCUGUAACGGCCGCUGAGCCGAACCAAUAAAGCUGCUGGCUCU